CCUUUAGAAGCUCAAAACAGUCCCACUCUCCAUCCCCUUGCACUAAAUUAUUCUUAUUUAUCUAUUGCUUUUUAUAAUAUUGGGGUUUUAAAUAGUCUGUAUUAAUUUAACUAUAAUUAUUGCGAACAUAUUUUGAAAAUGUAGAAUUAUCAAAUUUAAUUCCUUUUCAUUUUAAUGUCACCUUAAGGCUUUUACAUUUCUAUAAAUACAGGGCGCAUACGCUGUGCGGACGGACAGUCCGCAGUCGUUUGCCCUUUCAUACUCCAGUCGUACCACCGCAUACCCAAGCCCUACAUUUCCCACAGUCUCUGCGCGUCGUUUUCCUUUUCUGCCGGGAGUUGGACUGUAAACAACAUGGCCCCGUCCUUGCCCAGCGUUGUGCUUAUUUCUCUCCAUGAAUUGUUGUUCUUCUGAAAAUCUUCAUAAUCCCGUUUGUAUGAAUCGUAUAGGUGCCUGUACCUUCUCACCUCUCCAAAUGUCGACUCCAUGUCUGUUUUGUGUAUUGCGCAUCACCGCGUGUUUCCGGUGCCGCAUGAAAUGCAUGUCGAUGUGAAACAGUUUCAUACCGAGCCAUGAUUUGUGUGACACCGGUACGCGUACGCUAGGUACUCGUGGUCACAAAAAUUGAGCUUCGCACGGACAUGCCCAGGCGGACGUACGCUGAGGUCCGCUAUUUCGUCAUUUUGAACGCGCGGACCCCAGCAGAGUUCGGUAAGGGACCAGUAAGGGCUCUUAGAGGAGUGCAGGUUAUGCAUUAUUGUUUCAAUGUCUUGAAACAAGCUAAAUAAAUGUUCCUGAAUGAAUGUGCUGUAUAAAUUAAAUUUGCCUGGGCAUUUUUGUUUAAUCCAGGGGGACACUACUGGCUAUAAAUCCCCCAGAGCAGCCGGUUCAGGCACAUUAUCAUCUCUGUAUUCAAGAGGACUGAAGACAACAAGCCUGAUCAGCCAGUUUGUUCCAGUUUUGAACGACAUGAGGUGUGUUCUGUUGUAGUUUCAGCAAAAGUGAAAGUGAAACUAUCAGACUGAGAGACGGCGUCUGUAAAAUGGAGGCUAAAGCUUUGAUUCCUGAGGACGAGCUCUGCUGUUCUGUAUGUUGUGAUAUUUUUAAAGAGCCUGUUCUCCUGAAAUGCAGCCACAGCUUCUGUGGAGUGUGUUUGAAGCAGUACUGGGAAGAGAAGGGCUCUCGAGAGUGUCCCAUCUGCAGGAGAAAAGCCUCUAUAGGGGAACCUCCAGUAAACUUGGCAUUAAGAAGCAUUGUGGAGUCUUACUUAAAGCAGAAGAAUGAGAGAGAAACUACUGACAAGAGUGACGCUCGGUGCAGUCUUCAUGGGAAGAAACUUCUAUUCUUCUGUGAACAUGACGAAGAGCCUCUUUGUGUUGUCUGUCAGACUUCAAAAAAACACAGAAACCACCCGGUCUGUCCAGUGGAAGAGGCCGUACUGGAGCUGAAGGAGGAACUCAAGCCUGCACUUAAUAUUAUUAAAGAAAAACUGGAGAGGUUUACUGAGGUUGAACAAGAAUGUAAGAAAACAGCUGAACACAUCAAGAGUCAGGUCCAGCACACAGAGAGGCAGAUAAAGGCAGAGUUUGAGAAGCUCCAUCAGUUCCUGCGAGAGGAAGAGGAGGCCAGACUAGCUGCUCUGAGGGAGGAAGAGGAGCAGAAGAGUCGGAUCAUGAAGGAGAAGAUAGAAAACAUCACAGGACACAUCUCCACUCUUACAGACAAAAUCACAGCUAUAGAGAAGGCCAUGGACACUGAAGACACCUCCUUUUUACAGGUAAGAGUUGGAUUUUCUGUAAUUCAGUAUGCUGGUUUGUGGGUUUUUCACAAUAUUUGGCCGUGUUCCCUUACUCUGCACCAAUGCAGCAGUAGCCUACUGCGACAGUGUCAAACUCAGAGUGCAGGUGUUCAAAGAGAUGCAUCGGCUCAUUUUAAAAUGUCAUCACAUUUUUUUAAAAAAUAUUUUUGAAUUUUGUGAAAAAUU